GAUAUGAUUUAACGAGAUUGUGUUUGUAAUGUAAAUGAUGAUAAUGUGAAUAAAUCUAUUGCCCUAUAUUUUCCUAAUUGUGAUACUAAUACGUAAGUAAUAUCAAAUGCAAAUAAUUAUAAAAUAAAUAUCAAAUGCAAAUAAACAGAGAAGGGUAAAUUUGGUAAAAUAGAACGGUAAAAAGGAAGAGAGUGAGAAGGGAAAUAAAAGGGGCAGUGGAAACUGAAAAUGACUGCAACUGCUCCCUUUUUUCUUUUCCUUCGUCACCGUCUCCUUCUCCCUCAGCUCUUCACUCUGUGCCUGACCUCUCAAAUCCGCUCCACCUUUCCUUCUUCAUCUCCCGCUUCAUCAUUUCAUCAGAACCUCUGCUUCCCUGCUACCCGUGGCUGCUUUGACCGUCUCUUCUCACUCACGACAUUCUGUGGGAAAGUCGGGCAGCCUUGAUCUGGUAUGCACUUUCUCUCCCACCUUCUGGUUAAGCCUUCCCUGCCGAAUCUUCAGUAGUUGGGAAAGAGUAGUCAAACCCAGAGGUUUUGGGGGGUUCUGAUUUCUGGGUCUGGUGUCUGGUUCAAAUCUUACUUUUGUUUCGCCUCUUAUAGUUAAGUGGGCAUGGUGAAGAAAGAGGAUGGCCCAGGUAAUUCUUUGCCACCGUGCCAAAUUCCACCUACUGGUGGGCGCAAAGUGUUCUGGCGCUCAGCAUCCUGGUCCUCUUCCAGGACAGGGCUCCAAAAUCCAGGAGGUGAUCAGAAAGACUGUGUCAUGGAUCCUAAUGGUAAUAAUGUUGGUGGCUGUGAAGGUGGGCAAACCCGGAGGUAUCCUGCCCCCUUGACUCCAAGGUCUCAACAUAAUAGUAAAGCACGGUCCUGCUUGCCUCCUUUGCAGCCGUUGUCCAUUGCCCGGAGGAGUUUGGAUGAGUGGCCUAAAGCUGGUUCUGAUGAUCUGGGCGAGUGGCCAAUGCCGUCAACUCCCAGUGGCAACAAGACGGGUGAUAGAUUGAAACUUGAUCUGUCAUCAAUCGAAAAAAGCCAGGAUAGAACUUGUGGGUCAGUGAAGAGGGAUAGGAUUGCUGUGUUUGAUAAAGAAUGCUCGAAAGUAGCAGCACAUGUGUAUCUCGGCGGAGAUGCUGUGGCUAGAGAUAGGGAUAUUUUGAAACAGAAUGGGAUUACCCAUGUCCUGAAUUGCGUUGGGUUUGUUUGUCCUGAGUACUUCAAGGCUGACUUUGCUUACAAGACAUUGUGGUUGCAGGAUAGUCCUUCGGAGGACAUAACAAGCAUUCUAUAUGAUGUAUUUGAUUAUUUUGAGGAUGUCAGGGAACAUGGUGGGAGGGUUUUUGUGCACUGUUGCCAAGGUGUUUCACGGUCCACAUCAUUGGUAAUAGCAUAUCUUAUGUGGAGAGAGGGUCAGAGUUUUGAUGAUGCAUUUCAAUAUGUCAAGGCAGCAAGAGGAAUUGCCGAUCCAAAUAUGGGUUUUGCCUGUCAGUUACUACAGUGUCAAAAGAGGGUUCAUGCUUUUCCUCUGAGUCCAAGUUCGUUGUUGAGGAUGUAUAGAAUGGCUCCGCAUUCGCCUUAUGAUCCUCUCCAUCUGGUCCCAAAAAUGCUGAAUGAUCCUGUACCAUCUGCUCUUGAUUCUAGAGGUGCCUUCAUACUUCAUAUACCCUCUACAAUAUAUCUUUGGGUUGGUAAGAAUUGUGAAGCCAUAAUGGAAAGGGAUGCAAGAGGAGCUGUUUGCCAGAUUGUUCGUUAUGAGAGGGCUCAGGGUCCAACAAUAGUAAUCAAAGAAGGAGAAGAGCCAGCAUACUUUUGGGAUGCAUUUUCAAAUUAUUUACCUCUCAUGGAUAGAUCUCGCAAUGGAGUAGACGCAGAAUCAUCUAAGAUUUCCCCUGGGGACAGGCGGGUUGAUGCUUAUAAUGUUGACUAUGAGAUGUUCCAGAAGGCUACUAAAGGUGGUUUUGUACCCCCUGUUUCAUUAUCUGGAAAGGAACAUGAAACCCGGCUUCCUGCUAGAGAAAGUAACUGGAGUAUGCUCAGGAGAAAGUUUGCCCCUGUUGAUACGAAAGAGUUUGUUUCUGCCCCCAGGACAUUUCUCUCUCGUGUAUAUUCAGACACUAUGAUGAUUGUCCAUUCAUCAUCACCUUCAUCAUCUUCGUCAGCAUCAUCUUCAUCUUCUUCACCUCCUUACCCCUCUCCAGAUUCCACCACUUCUUCUGAUUCUAGCACAAGCUCAAACUUCUCGGAGUCCUCUCCUGAUUCUCCUUCACUAGCUUCUUGUUGUUCUCUUCCUGUGUCUUCAACUUUGUCUAACUUUUGUGACUUGACUGUUGCCCCAUCAACCCAACCGUCUCUUAAGAGCCAUGGGUCUGAUGAACAUGGUGUGAUUGUUCCAUCUCAAAUGAGUUCUCAGGUUGCGUCUUCGCCAUCCAGGAAGUCAUCACCUUCACUUGCAGAGCGUAGAGGUGGCUUGUCAAAAUCCUUGAAGUUGCCAAUGACGUCUGAUAAGGCGGCCAGUGUGCCAGCUGGUUCUCGUUCAAGCAAAGAUGGUGCUAGGUUAGAUAACAAUGGCUUCUCUUGGUGUGUUUCAGAUAGUGUGGAGAUUGUUUUAGAGUCUAAAGAAAAAGAUAAAGGAGUUCAGGUUUCAACUCAGCAGUCUAAUCUGAGUGCAAACAGUGUAGUUGAUGCUAACUUGUGUCACAAGGAAGCCAGCCUCUUAAAAAAUUGUGAUAAACCUGGUCACAAGCAUUCUCACAGUGAAGGAAUUGAUAGUUCCAGGGAUGAAAUAGUGUCAGCAGAGUGUGGCCAUGUAAAACCUCUUGCAUACCGCUGGCCCUGUUUAGAGAGGAUUUCACCAUUUAGUAGGGAUAGUUUGGAUUGUAAUGCAGCGUUUGGAGUAUUGAUGCCACCUAAAUUGGAUAGGGAUGUAAGGAGGAUUCUGUACUUUUGGAUAGGCAAGUCCUUUUCAUGUGGUAAGAGCUUGAUUCAGUUAGAAUGCAGCCGAGAUUAUGUGGAUGUACGGGAUAUUGACUGGGAUCUGGUUGGUUGUCAUUUUUUAAAUCAUGUCGGACUUCAAAUGGACGCUCCCAUCAAGGUGCAAGUCGUGAAGGAAGGAGAGGAACCAGCUGAUUUUCUUGCGUUGCUGGGUAGUGACUUGUAGCACACCCUGGAGGUGAUAAGUAACCAAUUUAGUAUAACUAGUGAUUUGAUUAUCUUCAGCGGGCUGUAAUUUUUUUGAGGGACAAGAUAUCUGGAACUAGUAUGAACUCCUGAAGCUAAAACCAUGAGGUGGGCUAAGCAGCAGCGACAACAAGUUGAUAUCUUUUCUUGUUUUGGCUAAUCGCAUUGUGCCGCCCUGGUUGUAUGUGUACAUUGGUAUAGCUGCGGGAGCGUGCGUCGUCCCCUUCCAUAACUGCUUCUGGAAUUUGCCCUCUCCUUACAAGACACCAGACAUGUUUCUUUGCCCAUGUAUAUUCAUUCCCUUGUUACAGAACUGUUAUAUUAGACGCUUUUCUGAGUAGAAACAAAAAUAGAACCGAAAACCCAUAUUCAAUUUCAUUGAAAACUUUCCUGCUCUGUCGCUGCUGCUUGAUCAAAUACACUUUGAAGCUCCUAAACUUUAGCAUCGUUUGUAUUCGGAGUUUCCUGAACUUGUAUAUUGUCUAUCUGCAGCCUUCUUUAUAUGGGUUCCCAAUGGACCUGAAAUUGGCAGACUUGUGCCGAGUUCAGCUAUGUUGUGUCUCUCUAACGAAUGAGAGGAUGAUCCAAUGGCCUCAGAAACACGGUGGUGAGAGGUGUGUCGGAAUGCAAGGAGGCCUUCAGCAACUUCAGAGCCUGCACACAAAAAGAAAAGAAGUAAGCCAGGGAAAAAAGAAGGAAAUGCAAUCAGGUAUCGUCGUCUGUUUGAAGACAGUGAACACUUUCUUUGUUUUUUGGUGUGGAAAAAUGAUCAAAAUGAAACCUCAACCAAUAAUAAGACAAAAAGAUAGC